CAUCUGACCCAUCUGUCAGACUCAAGGUUGCACAAAAGCUGUGCUGCUACUACUGAAAAAUAAAAAACUUAUCUACUGUUAGCAAAGAAAAAGAUUUUCCUUAGAAUAUAAUCUGCAGAAAGCGUGGAAUAUCGAGUAAUUUUAUAAAUGUCUCUGAUUUUAAACUGAUGAAUCUCCGAGUGUGCAGUUGUUGCGAAUAAAGAUGCAUGUUUCGCGCAAAUGGAUGCCUGAAAAAUCUAGAAUGUAAAGAAAAAAAAAUAUGGUGACAUUCGUUCACGAACAAUAAUCUGGAUCGAUCGUGAAGCAAACAUUUUUCAGGCAGGCAUAAACAGGGCAUUAUAUCCGAUGUAUGCUGUUUACUAAGAGGUAUCAUAACAAAUCGUGCGAGGGUCACUUACGGAGUUCGACAUUUUGGUAAUUUGUUGUGGAGCCUAGGCGAAAAGUGAGAGUGUGAGAUUUGGUCCAUCGAAAAAAAAAAGUAGCAGCCAUGAAUGUUGAAGUGAACCGGGUUCGCACCUACCGUCGCUGGGAAGACACGGAAUGGGUCAUGGAGGAUGCGUUCGAGGUCCAUUUAGCCAGGGCAGGAUUCUACGCCACCGAACAGUACUUGAACGUGAAAUGCCACUUCUGUGGAGUGACUAUCUUCGUGGGAAAUUCGGUAUCGAAUAUUGAAUCCAAACAUCGAGAGCUAAGCCCAAAUUGUGCAUUCCUAUUGCACCCCGAUCGGACCGACAACGUACGUUCUUUUGAUGCCGAUGAACUGAAGCGUGAAGAACAUCGUCUGGCAACGUACGUAAACUGGCCUGUAUCGCACAUCAGCCCUAGCUCGCUGGCCAAAGCCGGUUUCUACUAUACGUACAACGCGGAUCAGGUCAAAUGUGCCUGGUGCGAAGGUGUCAUUGGUCAAUGGGAAAUUGGCGAUGAUCCGUUCGUCGAGCAUCAAAAAUUCUUUCCCAAUUGCGUAAAAGUUAUCUCGAGUAGCAUCAGUUCUAAUCCCGUUCUAGACUCUAGCAUUGGAAUACAGCCAGUAAAAUCUCCUUAUGCACCGCAGUUUAGUUCCUUGGACUCGCGAAUCAGAUCGUUUGAAAAUUGGACCACAGGACAUAUCCAAGAUCCGGAACGAUUGGCUCAAGCUGGCUUCUAUUAUUUAGGCAGAGCAGAUGAAGUCCACUGCUUUUACUGUGAUGGCGGUUUACGCUUCUGGCUGGCUGAUGAUGAUCCGUGGUUUGAGCAUGCUAGGUGCUUCCCCAAAUGUCAGUUCGUACAAUUGGUUAAAGGGCAACUAUUCAUUGAAAAUGUUCAAAGCCAGAUAAAGAACACAAGCACAAACCAGCAGCAACAAAUGCAGGCCAGUGGCCAAGCUGUGGUGACCAUGAGUCUUGACGAGGCACUUGCUACAGAACCAGUUCAACUAGCGUUAUCUAUGGGACUGAAUGCAGGUCGUAUACGGGCUGUCACCAAACGGCAGUUGGAAAGCAGUGGUCAACCAUACGCUGAUACACAAGCACUAAUAGAAGCAGUUCUUGACGGUCAAAUUCAAGAUGAAGAACUCGAGCCCAGCACGUCAUCGCGUAUGGAUCGUCGCAUAGAGAACGAGGUGUCUCGUCUUCUGUGGACAGCAAUUUCUUCAACUGCAGGACCCAACCUCUCAUCAUUUAGCUCAACUUUUUCCACUCCCUCGCCCUCCUUCGAUUCUGCGCCAGCAUCUGAUGGAGAAGUAGUCGUUGGCGCUGAUGCAUUAUCACCGCCGUCUACCUCCAGCAUCGCGAACCAUAAUGACACUACAUCCACAGCUGUGAAAUGCAACAACGUACCUGAAUCUCUAGCCCAGAUGGCUGCUGCAGCAAGGCCCACCGAAGCUACGGAGAUUGAUAAAACUCUACGACUGGAAGAGGAAAACAAACGACUGAAAGAUGCUCGCGAGUGCAAGAUAUGUAUGGCGGAUGAGGUCGGUGUGGUGUUCUGUCCCUGUGGUCAUUUGGUUUCUUGCGUGCAGUGUGCUCCAGCAGUAACGAAUUGUCCGGUAUGCCGUGCUGUGAUCAAAGGACGAGUUCGUACGUUCUUAUCGUAAUCUCGUUUGCACCCUAGUUUAUAGUUUGCCUAUGGUGGAAGAAUUACAAUUGUCUUGUGUGUUCAAGAUCGACAAUGGAAAGAUCAAUUCCUCCGUGAUCCUUCUGGAUACAUUGCUUGAGCGGAAGAAUUCAUGACGAUUCUUUACAUGAAUGAGGUAGGCAUAAGUACUAAUGCGCUUGAUAUCAAGUGGUUUAUCGAGUUGUCUUGCGCGUCUAGUAUUAACGUUGCGCGAAAUUCGCAGAUAAGAUACAAUAAAUAAUUGUAUAACUUGA